AUGUGGCAUAUACUAGAGGGUCUACUAUAUGACAAUACUAUAGAAGAAGAGCAUUAUAAGAAAAUCCGACAAAAAUCAUCAUCUAAAUCAGCUGUAAUCGUAGGGUUAGUAGCGGCCGUCGGUGGUUUCCUUUAUGGAUAUGAUACUGGUCUUAUUAAUGAUCUUCUCGAAAUGCAAUAUGUUUAUCAAAAUUUCCCAUCAAAUCAUCAAUCUUUCUCAUCUCAUGAACGUGCUCUUAUAACAGCCAUUUUAUCAUUAGGUACUUUUGUUGGUGCCCUUAUAGCUCCAUUAAUAUCAGAUAAUUAUGGUAGAAAAUUUUCUAUCAUUAUAAGUUCAGGAAUAAUAUUUAAUGUUGGUAAUAUACUUCAAAUAGCGUCUACUCAUGUUGUACUUCUUUGUAUAGGAAGAGGGGUAUCAGGGGUAGCAGUAGGAGUACUAUCGGCUAUUGUACCAUUAUAUCAAGCUGAAGCCUCCCCAAAAUGGGUUAGAGGUUCAGUCGUUUUCACAUAUCAGUGGGCUAUUACUUGGGGACUUUUAAUCGCUUCAGCAGUUUGUCAAGGAACAAGAAAAAUGUUAAAUUCAGGAUCUUAUAGAAUCCCGAUUGGAUUACAAUUCUUAUGGGCAUUAAUUUUAUAUUGUGGGAUGUUAUUCUUACCAGAAUCUCCUCGUUAUUAUGUUCAAAAGAAUAAUUUACAAAAAGCAUUAGAUAGUCUAGCAAAAUUAAGAAGAUUACCACCUGAUGAUGCUGAUCUUAUAGAAGAAUUAGUAGAAAUCAAAGCAAAUUAUGAUUAUGAAUUAUCAUUUGGUAGAACAACUUUAUUAGAUUGUUUUAGAAAUGGUGGAGGACGUCAUAAACAAGUUUUAAGAAUGUGUACAGGGAUGGGAGUUCAAAUAUUUCAACAAUGUUCAGGAAUUAAUUUUAUAUUUUAUUAUGGAGUUAAUUUCUUUUCUAGUACAGGAAUUAAAAAUUUCUAUAUUAUGUCAUUUAUAACAUAUCUUGUUAAUACUAUUUUCACUAUUCCAGGUAUUAUUCUUGUUGAUACAAUUGGUAGAAGACAAUUAUUACUUUGGGGUGGGAUUGGUAUGACAACUUGUAAUUUUAUUAUUGCCAUUACAGGAGUUAGUAUAUCAUCUCGAGAAACUUCAUCUAUUUUAAGUAUAUGUUUUUCAUGUGUAUUUAUUGCAUUCUUUGCAAGUUCUUGGGGUGGUUGUACUUGGGCUUUAUGUUCUGAUAUUUAUGGUAUAAGUAUUAGACAAAAAGCUAUAUCUAUAACUACUGCAACAAAUUGGAUUGUUAAUUUUAUUUUUGCAUAUAUUACUCCAUAUUUAAUUGAUACUGGAAGACAUACAGCUGCUAUUGGUAAUAAAAUCUUUUUUAUUUGGGGUGGUUGUAAUUUUGUUGGAACAUUAUUUGUAUAUUUCACAGUUUAUGAAACAAAGGGGUUGAAAUUAGAAGAAAUCGAUUAUAUGUAUGCUCAUUGUAAUAGUGCAAGAACUUCAACAAAGUUUGUUUCAACAAAAAUUGAUUAUGCUAGAAUGGAUGCUGAUUAUAAUGAAAUUGAAACUUCAUCUCCUAAUAAUUCCACCAUUAAUUCAACUUCGAGUUCUCCUCCAGAUGAAGAAUUAACCAAUGAAAAGGAUAGUAUGCAUCAUCAUACCAAUAAUAUUGGGGGAGGUGACGCUGGACUUCAUGAACAAACCAUUUCUCAUCCUCGUCCAGCCGCUGUUCCUGGAGGUAACAACAAUAUCAAUAAUCUUACAAUCAUUCCAUAUAAUAAUGUCAUUUCUCCUUCAUUAUCAUCUGAUUCUGAUGUUUCAUCUUCAGAAUCAUUACUAUCUCAAAGACAACUUCAUAACAGACAUGCAUCUUACAAUUCUAAAAAACAAUCUUCGAUAUCAUCGGCCGGGACAGUUUCUGCUUCGGGUUCCAAUGAUUAUCAAAUGUAUCUCGAAUCAUUAAAACAACAAUAUCCAACCACUGUCACAGCAAACUUACCUCCUACAGUUGGUCUACAAGGUACACAAACAUCUGCCACUGCAAUAAGACAUAAUUCAUUAUUAACCAAUACAAAUACAAACACAUCUGUAUCCAAUAGUAUAACGAGCUCUGCCACGAAUGUAAAUAGAAGCAGAAGUCUUGAUGGAUCCGGAGCUGAAUCUACCAUGAUCAUAGCUACACCAUUUUUCAACCAGCCUCCGGAUUCAGACUCCGAUGAAGAAGAUAUUGAAGAAGAUAUUGAAGAAGAGGAUGAAGAAAAUGAUGACCACGAUCCAAGAAUAUGA